AUGCACUCCUUCACCACCAGCCACGCCUCCCUCGCCAGGAGCCCCACGGAGGACGCCGUUCCGUCCUAUGUGCUCUACAGCCCACAGGGCUCCAAGCCGCUCGCCGGGCUGCAUGUGGAGGGGGGAUCUAUCGGUCGGUACUACGACAAGGAAACCAGGUCGCAGCUGAUUCGCGCCUCGCCCUCCGCCCACAUCUCAUUUCUGCGCAACACCUCGUCGCGUGCGGGAGGCGCCAGCAGCAUUAGUAGUAGCAGCGGUGGGAGUGGUGGGGGUUUAUCGGCCGCAUCGCAGCGUGUGGUGGUCUUGCAGAUUUGUUGCGAAGAGUCUGCACGCACCGUCUUUUCCCUCACGGUGGAGCUGACGCUGCAGGACAAGUUGGGCCGUCAUCGGCUUGUGUUUAGCAGCACCUUCCAGAGGCUGCAGCGGUGUGCGCAGCAUGUGAAGGUGCCGCUGCGCUGCUUUGCCGCGGGUGUGUGGACAAACAUCGUCCUCGACGUGCCGCAGAUUCAUGCGGCGUUGUUCUCCAACUCAGGCGGCCGCCUCUCCACGGCGGAGCUGGUGAAGUCGCGCAAGCUGCUCUCUGUCACCCUCAGCUGCAGCAACGUCUGCCGCAUACGGCGGGUGCUUGGCAUGCCGCAGCUCCCCCCCUCACACGGGGACGCGGCAGCGGCGGAGUGGCCCCUGUCGCUGCGGCUGCCGCCGGAGGUGCCUGUGAAUUUCUGGGUUAUUCGCACCUGCGAGGAGGCGUUUCUGCAGCAGGGGAUUCCGCCACAGGCCCCCCACCACCGCCUUGAGGCCGCCGCGUCUGAGCCCCGCGACCCUCCGCAGUGCCCCGUCCCCGGCGUGCCGCUUCACUCCUCUGCCGCUGCGUCGGACGCCGACGUCGACGCGGGCGCGUCGCUUGACAGCAGCGGCGGCAGCGGCGGAGGCACGCGCGGGGUUCCGGCGGCUGCGGCGGUGAGACGCGGCCGCCUCGCCGCCCUCCCCACGAAAGGUUGCCAGACCGGCGAACGCCAACUGACACGGCCGAGUGGGACGCGCGAGGCGGCAACGCUGGCGGGGGUGACCCCUCGCACGACGCCGACGCGCGACGCAAGCGUGCAAACACCCACCCCGCCGCCGCUUCGGGUGGCUGGGACGGGCGCGUUCGGCGUCGUGCGAGACUCCGCAGCUCGGCGCCCAACGAAGGUGGCGGACCCCAGUGACAUGAGCCGCGCCUUCUUUGAUGAGGCGGCGGCGGAUGAGUCGCGGCCAGCGUUAGCCGGCCGUGGUAGCAACGGCAGGGCCGCCACGGCGUCGACGGCCGCGGCAGAGGCCUCGCCGGCGCGCUGCCACGGCUCCCCGGAACGGCGAGAGAAGACUGAGGCGGUGGACGCGCCCGCUGCGCCCCCCCCGGACGCUGCGCUGGGCGACGCUUGGGGAACGCCGCCCGAGGCGCAGGCGCAGGCGCCGUCGGUGGCCAACUAUGCGAAGACGCUGGAUUUGAUGCGGGAACGCGUGAAGUGCAUUCAGGCGUUGAUUCGUGAGAGCGCAAACAACCACGACGACGACGACGACGACGACGACGUGUGCCGCGCCGACGGAUACGCGCUCUCCGGCGACGCCCGCUGUGCCACCGGCGGGGGCAGCAGCAACCACAGCCGCGGCGGGAGUUCACGGACGUACUCGUCGGGCGAAGUCCUGCGGUUACUCCGCUGCGGUGGCAAAGCGCAACCGCAGCAGCAGCAGCGGCAGGAGGUGCGGGAGGAACAGCAACGGGGGCUUUGCUCGUCACCGCGUCUUGCAACACCCCAGAGACAGAGUGUGGAGGAGCUGGGGGGUUGCACUCCCGUGCGCCACACGCAGACCCCUCGCGGCGGUCUGCGCAGCACUGCUGCUGCGGGAGUCGCCCACGUGUGCGCCGCCAACCCCAGCGGAGAAGAGCUGCGUGGGGGCGCUGCAGACGACGAGGAGGACGAGGAGGACGAGGGUUUUACGGUAAACGUCUGCAUGUCAGAGGAACACGGGCGUCCGGCUGUUGUGGUGCCUGGGGAUUUGAGUGCGCUUUGCCAAAAGCCACCCGUUCCUCCCUCGCGUCCGCAGCCACGCGAGGUAGACCGGCUUUGUUUUGACUCCCUUUCUUCCGAGAAGGGGCUGCAGGAGCUCGCGCCGCAGUGGGCCUUCUGCGGGGCAACGCCGCUGGCGCAGAGCGACAGCCUGGCGCUCUCCGAGCCCUCGUCUCUCCACAACGCCGGGCCCACGACCCCUGCGGCCGCCGUCACGCCCGUGGAGCAGGCAUGGCCGGCGCGUGCCAGGCCUCAGCGUGGCCGACUCGGUGAGCAUGCCGUGGGUGCGUUCGCCAACAUGGAGGCCUUGCAGACCCGCGCAACCGCGGCGAGCAAUUCGCCCCGCCCCUCGCCGCUGCCGUGCCGCAGCGCGGAAGAGCUGGAGAGUAACAUCAGCGCGGCAGACUACAGGCGGCCGCCGAUUACCAGUGCCGGCGGUCUGGGCGUGUCUGCGGCGAAUACUGGUCGUUUUAUAAGUGUGGAUAGCAACUGUGGCGGUGAUGAGGAGAGGAAUAACGAGGAGGAGGAGGCGCGUCCGCCGUUGCGCGUACUCUCGCUCCCGCCGAAAUCGCCUUCGCGACCGCGGCCGCGGCAGCCGCAGCAGGAGCUACAGCAGUCGGCAUCACGGGGAGACCCUUCCACUGCAUUCGUCUUCCUGCCCUCGCCUUCGUCUUCCGGGACGCGCAACGGACGAGGCGCGCGCCGCGACGGCCCGAGGGAGGACGUUGCCGUAGAGAGUGGCAAUGCUUCUCGGAGCACCGUCAGGCCUCAGUCACGCGCCUCUGCACCUCUUGGCAAGCCGCCAGAGAACGUGGACGAGAAUCCGCAACCGUUUGAGGAUGGGGGCGGUCCGUUAGUGUUUGACCCCCUCCUGCGCUGUUGCCUGGACUUGCGGUCUAAUACCUACGUGGUGGCGACAAGGCCCCCGCGAACAGGCACGGCCUAA